AUGGGAAUGGAAACUGAAGACCCAGGUUCCCCAGGGCCCUCCAAGAAGCCCGCUGUUGAGCAGACCCCUCACCAACCUACCUCCUUCAUGGAAAGGGGCUCUGGUGUGGAAGAGAAACAACUUUCAAAAGAGGACAAGAUCCUCUCUUCCCAGGCCGGGGGACAAUGCACCCAGAAUCGAGGGGGCUCUCCAGUGACACUGAGAGAGGAGAAAGAGCAGGGCUCAGUCACUCACAAGGAGACCCAGGAUGAACACCUCAAGAAACGCUCCAGAGCUCCACCCAGGCACACCAAGCGGCCCCGAUCCCAGUGCUCAGAGGACCAGCCACCGCCACUUCGGAAGAAAUUGGUGACCACUGUGAGGUCUCUGUGUGAGGCCAUCUACCAGGACGUGGCCCAGGUGCAGGCCCAGCAGGCACAGACCCCUCUGACAUCACAGGAGCUCACAUACCUCUCCCAGCUCCGAGACUCACUUUACACCACCACCCAGACCCUCUACACCAUGUCCAGCCAGGCAGCCUACCUCUUCCCUGCUCAGGGCUGGAUGGACCCGACUCCACAGCCCCCGGCCAGGGACACAGACCCACAUGGAAGAUGA